AGUACAAACGGGUAGACAAACGGGUAGACAGAUAUAAAUCGAAAUCUAAGUAAGGUAAAGAUAUGAAGAACAAACUAGCAUAAUUAUAUAGUAAGUUUAGGUAUGCCCAUCAAGCACAGGUGAUAGAGUUGGUGACCUGUGAAUGAGCAUGGAAGCAUUCCCUCGCCAAAGGGCUAUGCUGACUCUCCCAAAGAGGUGUUUAAUGGUGUAUUUCUACUACGCAUGCGCAGAAUGGUCCAUGUGGUACAAAAUAGUGUGAUAAUUAUAUUCAUUUGCAAAAUAAUGAGAUUCAUAAGGCGAAAUUGAUAAAUGAGAAAAGCCGCCUGCCUGCAUGUAAUUAGAAAAACUUCAGGACCAGAAACCAGAGUGUCACUUGGAUCGAGUGGCCUUAACUGAAAUAACUCGGUUGUAUAGCUAGCUAGUUAAAGAGAGUUUGCAGUGUGCAGUCGAGUCAGUAGCCUAAGCUGGCUCUGAAAUGGAUUUGUCAAGUGCUAUUUUCCUAACUGUAUUCUUGAUUGGACAGGUGCGGAGUGACAGGGAACAAAAAAAUUUCUAUUGUUGCUCUGAAGUAUGUAGCCUAGAUUCUGGUGUGUGCGAUCCUGUGCUGGAUGAUUUCUCGAAGGACUCCUCCACAGUUUUAAUGAAGCUACGUUUUAAGCUAAAACUUUCAGAUAUCAAUGCAAAGUAUAUGGACACAGUCAGUCUAAAAAUUCGUGAAUUUCUAGAGCCUCAAGACAUCGCAGAUUGGGAAAUAUUGGCUACAUUUUAUUCCAAUACGUCUACAUUUGAGAACCAGUAUCCCUUGACUCAAAAUGAAAUCGAAGUUGAACCAGACUCUGCAUCUGUAACAGUAUAUUUGCCCGGAGAAUCCUACGAGCGAGUACAGUUUGGCUGGUUUUUCAGCCAUAUUUUAAAGCAAAAAACUUUGAGCCCUGAAGAACAAGCAGCUAAAAUAUCCAGAGUCACCGGAUCUAUUUCUGACAUAUCAGUCACAAUUCUCAACAAAGGGGGCCUGGAAUCAACCCUGUGGGCUUCCACAACACAUGGCAAUGCUCAAGGGAAGCAAGAACUAACUGGAGCUUCAUUCAAAUCAAAAGUGCUGGCUAUUGUCCCAAACAACGGUUAUGAAAAGAGGAACCAUGACAUUGUUAGAAGAUCGGGUAAAAAUAAGAGAAGUGGAUGCAGUACGAGUAAUGGAAAGUGUAUGUGUAAUGGUAUCGGUAAUCCAAACUGCAAUGGCGAUGGAACUGACUCCACAACGCCGCCACCUCCAACUACCGUCCCCACAACGCCGCCACCUAUAACUACCGUCCCCACAACGCCGCCACCUAUAACUACCGUCCCCACAACGCCGCCACCUCCAACUACUGUCCCCACAACGCCACCACCUAUAACUACCGUCCCCACAACGCCGCCACCUCCAACUACUGUCCCCAUAACGCCACCACCUAUAACUACCGUCCCCACAACGCCACCACCUAUAACUACCGUCCCCACAACGCCACCACCUAUAACUACCGUCUCCACAACGCCGCCACCUCCAACUACUGUCCCCACAACGUCACCACCUAUAACUACUGUCCCCACAACGCCGCCACCUCCAACUACUGUCCCCACAACGCCACCACCUAUAACUACCGUCCCCACAACGCCACCACCUAUAACUACCGUCCCCACAACGCCACCACCUAUAACUACCGUCCCCACAACGCCACCACCUAUAACUACUGUCCCCACAACAUCGCCACCUCCAACUACUGUCCCCAAAAUGCCACCUACUGCACGGAUUGACUCUGACGUGUUAGUAGCCAAUGAAGUGAUGGCAUUGGAAUCCGAAAUUAGAGCAUUAGUGAACCAGCUGGACAGCUCCGCAAUUGAUAGCAUACCUGCUAUCAAAAUGUUGUCAGAUACUGUCAGCAAUCUGCUGAGUCUUAAAACUAACACAUUCAUAGUACAGAUAGAUCAAAAACAAUUUCUGGGAGGAAUAGCAAGGCUAUUUAAUGGUAUCAAGCAACUUAAAAUUGCAGAGAGAUCAUCUCCUGCCAGUCAACUACUUCAACUUCUUGACAUUGUCACUCUGACACUAUUCACUGAAGGCGUCACCAACAGUGGUAACCUCAGUGUUAAUGUAACUACUGUCAAUCUGCUUGAUGGUAUCUCUAUAAUCCCUGGAGUGGAAGUGAACGGGACAUCAAUUCAAGUCUCCUCUGAUGUUAUUGAGCAGGUUACUAAUGAGAAUUUAGUGCGGAUGUCAUCGAUUUACUUCUCUGAUUUGAGUGAAGUACUUGUGGACAACGAAACCGCUGAACUACGACAGUCUUCUGUGAUAUCAACAGCUUUCUUGUGUGGGAGAAGAGUUUGUAACACAACGGCACAGGCUUUGGAAUUGGCGAAAAUGCCAUCAGUUGAGAUUGUUUUAAAACACACUACUGAAAGUGAAGAAACAGUUAACUGCUCAUUCUGGGAGUUUAGGAAUAGUGGGGCUCAAGAUCAAUUGGAUGGUUUCUGGAGUCAAGAAGGGUGCAAUAGAGUCGAUGAAAAGUCUAACUCGUCUGUAACUGUGUGCCGCUGCAAUCAUCUGACACAUUUUGCGAUUCUGCUCAGUCCUAAACCCCCUCAGGUAAACAAUGCUACAGGAAUUGCACUUGGUGUCAUUGGAUACGUUGGUGUCUCAAUUUCUAUUGUUUGUCUUGCUGCAACUGCUCUGAUAUUCAUCUGCUUUAGGACACUUUGGAGUAUGAGAAGCUACAUUCACAUACAGCUGUGCAUUACAAUUAUCAUCUCACAGUUGGUGUUUGUUACUGCAAUAGACAAGACAGGUUCUGAGGUUGGAUGUGCAACAAUUGCUGUUGUUCUUCAUUAUCUGUUUCUGGUUACCUUUAUGUGGAUGCUAAUGGAAGGAGUGAUAUUGUACAUAGUCCUGGUUAAAGUGUUUGUAAAAUCAACACACAAGAAAUAUUACAUCCUUGGGUUCACUUUGAUCAGCUAUGGGGCACCUCUAUUCUAUAUGGGAACAAUUACUUUGCCAUUGGGCUUCAGGAGUCCAAGUUGGGACUAUGGCUACUCUACAGCGUGCUGGUUGCGGUAUGAUACACACUUCAUUUGGGCGAUUAUUGCUCCAGUCAUCGUUAUAAUAAUGAUCAACAUUGGCUUCUUUUUAAUGGCCAUUGCAAUCAUGCAUAAGCACGACAUUCGUAACCAAGAUCAAAAAGACAAAAAGGCAACCAUAAAGCGAUGGCUGAAAGCAGCCGUUACUCUAACUGUUGUCAUGGGUCUUACUUGGUUUUUGGGAGUGCUUGUGAUUGGAGACAAUCUCAUAGCUGUGGCUUUUAUUUUCACAAUAUUUGUCGCAUUCCAGGGGGUCAUUAUCUUUAUUGUUCUAGUCCCACUCUCGAAACAGGUUCGGAAAGCUUUCUUUAUGUGGAGUCGUGAUCGUGUUAAUAGCUCAUCCUUCCUCAGUUUGCACUUCGGGGACAAGCUGGAAACAUGGAUGUCUAAAUCUAGAGACACUCAAGAUCAGCUAGACACAGCAAAGAAGAACGAUGUGAAUGGUACUCAAUCUCACUAUCAACUUGGGACAUUCGACAGCAGUGGAAGUGGAAGCAAUGUGUUGGAAAAUCCAACCUAUGAUGACAGUACUUGUUCAGCACAAAAUGGAGCCCCUGUUGACUGCAAAGAUGUGUCACUAAACUUAGAAUCCUCAUAUUAUAGAAAUUAACUCUAAUCAACUCCACAUCUCAACUCAUGUGUAAUGUAUGUAUAUGUAUAUAAUUAUAAUGUUUGUCUCAUGCUAAA